AUGCGGGGGAAGGCGAACUGCUGCUUCCUGGACAGGGUGCAACUAUCUGUCCUCCACCCGGGCGACUGUGGCCGGCUGCACCGGAGGGUCGCACAACACGUCGUACGCCGCGAGGGCGGUACUCAUGUUCUGGGACAGUCCCGUUCUCGUUCUCGUGGCGAGAACGGGAGUGAGGACCUGCCGGUGCACUUUGGAGCGGCCGCCGCUUGCUGGUGCGGUGUUAGUGGGCAGGUGGCUGCCGGAGAAGCCGCCGUCGCGGCCUUCCCAUCCUCAGCCGCCGGCCGCCGUCGCGGCCUUCCCAUCCUCAGCCGCCGGACGCCGUCGCGGCCUCCCUAUCCUCAGCUGCCGUCCGCCGUCGCGGCCUUCCAUCCUCAGCCGCCGUCGCGGUCCCCCCAUCCUCCGCUGCAGUCGCGGCGCCGCCGUCCCUGCGCGGAUCUCCGUCCCGCGCUGCGGCCCGCGCGGAUCUCCGCCCUGCGCUGCGCCGUCGGCUGCGGAUCUGUCGCGGCCACCCAUCCUCCGCUGCAGUCGCGGCGCCGCCGUCUCUGCGCGGAUCUCCGUCCCGCGUUGUGGCCCGCGCGGAUCUUCGCCCUGCGCUGCGCCGUCGGCUGCUGCGGCCUGCUGUCGCGGCCACCCGGUGCCGCCGCUCCUGCGCGAACUCCGCCCCGUGCUGCGCCGUCGGCUUCUGCGGCGGCUCCUGCGCGGACUCCGCUCCGCGCUGCGCCGUUGGCUUCUGCGGCGCCAUCUCCUGCACGGAUCUCCGCCCCGCUGCUCUGCGUCAUCCAUCUGCGCUGGUCGCCUGCACCGUUGUGGAUCUGCCCCGCCACUCUGCGUGGAUCUCUGCCCCUGCGCGGAUCCUUCUUUCUGCGCGGAUCUCUGCCCGUCUGCUGCGCCGUUGCUGUCGCUGCAGUCUCCUGCGCGCUGUCCCCGCAGGCUCCUGCACGGAUCCGUCCGGACUCCUGCGUGCCAUCAGCCGCACACAGGCCUGUGCACUGUCUGCAGCGCCGGUCAGAUCUGCUGCUGCAGCCCCGGCCAGAUCUGCUGCAGCAGCCCCCGUCAGAUCUGCUGCUGUCCUGUGACUUCGCACAGUCUCGGACUCUCGGUACCAUCAAGCCAGUUUUUUUUUCAGAUCUGCUAAUCUUCAGCAUUUUAUUGCUAUUCACUAUGUCGACCAACGCUAUUGUUGUCAAUAUUGUGCUUGAUGGGCAGAAUUAUCCAGAAUGGGCUUUUUGUGUCCAGACUGCAUUAAGAGGUCACAGAUUACUAUUUCAUUUGACUGAAGAUUCUCCAGUUUUAGCAGCUGAUAGAAGCAAUGCUGCUGCAAUCAAGACUUGGCAGAUAAAUGAUGGCAAGGUAAUGGCUGCAAUGGUCAACAGCACUAAACCAACUAUGAUUAUGAGUCUGUCCAAAUUUACCACUGCUAAGGCUAUCUGGUCACAUCUGAAGGAUCGAUUUGUUCAGGAUAGUGGUGCUCUUCUACAUACCCUUAUGCAACAGACUCAUGUGAUUGAGCAACAUGAUAUGUCCAUUGAUGAAUAUUAUUCAGCUUUUGAUCGGAUUAUGAGUGCAUUGACCUCCAUGGUGCCCGCUUGUACCGCUGUGCCUUGUCCAGCCCACAAGUUCAUUGACAAGUUCUUUACCUACAGAUUUGUUAUGGGAGUUCGACCUGAAUUUGAUUCCCUUCGUGCAAGGCUCCUUCACAGUUCAGAUACUCUCACCAUGGCUCAGGCUUUGUCCGAAUUGCUUGCUGAAGAGACUCGUCUGAAGUCUAUGUCCUCUAUUACUGGUGUGAGUUCUCAUAGUGUGUUGGCUGCUACUCAGAGGUCUAGGAACACUUCCUUUCCGCCUUGUGAACACUGCCAAAAGACCACUCAUCGGUCUGAGAACUGUUUUGCUAAGUUUCCAGAGAAGCUGGCUGAUUUUCGUGUCCGUCGUGCUACUCGUGGUCGUGGUACAGGACCAUCUUCUAGAGGCUCAGUUGCGGUUGCUGCUACUUCAUCUGCUGGUGCUUUGUCAUCAUCUUGGGUUCUUGAUUCUGGAGCUUCCUUUCAUGUGACAUCUGAUAAGUCACGGCUGACGUCUACUACACCUGUCACCGAGGGUACUUCUGUUCAGACUGCUGAUGGAUCGCAAAACAGGGGAUGUGAUUGGGACUGGCCGUCGCCGUAAAUCUUCGCCUCGCCUUUACAUCUUGGACACCUUGCGCCUUCCUUCAUCCCCUACAACUACACCUCAUGUGCUCGCUGCUUCGGGCCCCACGACGUCAUUCGCCCAGUGGCAUCAUCGUCUAGGUCACUUAUGUGGAUCCCGUCUGUCUACUCUAAUAAAGUCAGGAUGUUUAGGCUCUACUCAUGUUGAGUCUAGUUUUCAUUGUAAAGGUUGUCAUCUUGGAAAACAAAUACAACUUCCAUAUUUUACUAGUAAUUCCCAUUCUGCUAAACCUUUUGAUCUAAUUCACUCUGAUGUUUGGGGUCCAGCUCCGUUUGUUUCUAAAGGUGGUCAUAAAUAUUAUGUCAUUUUUAUUGAUGAUCAUUCUCGUUA